AUUAAUGGAUCCUAGGUUUUAUCUUCAAAAUCAAAAGCAGUACGUAAUUUAAGAUUCGCCUGAGGUUAUGGGAAAAUUCCAAAGAGGUGUUAGUGGCAUUUCCUGUAUAUAUAAAAUGGAGGAGCGGCCUGCUAAAAAUAAGUUGAGAGACACACAAUAAGUUAAAUUAAAGAAGCAUCAAAUAUGGGUGAGUAUUCAUCAAGAAGCGGUGAUGUUGCUAUCUCUGUAACUAGUAAGGAGGAAGCAGGAGGAGGUGGGACCUGCAAAACAGGCAAAUAUUUUCUUCUGUUUCAGAAGAUGGUGGCGGAGUUGGUGGGGACGUAUUUCUUGAUAUUUACAGGGUGCGCAGCGAUUGCGGUGAACAACGACUACGGGAAGCAAAUAACGCUUCUUGGAAUUGCAACUGUUUGGGGAUUGGUUGUCAUGGUCAUCGUUUACUCCGUUGGUCAUGUCUCUGGGGCCCAUCUCAACCCUGCCGUCACUAUUGCUUUUGCCUCCAUCACAAAGUUUCCACUCACUCAGGUACCGGCUUAUAUAGCAGCUGAAUUGCUUGGAGCGAUCCUAGCAAGCGGAACAGUGAGACUAGUAUUUAGUGGGAACCACGUUGAAGUUCAGUUCACAGGAACGUUGCCGAGUGGCUCAAACAUCCAAUCCUUCGUCCUUGAAUUCAUUAUCACUUUUUUCCUUAUGUUUGUCAUUUGCGCCGUUGCUACCGAUAGCAGAGCGGUUGGUACCUUGGCUGGAGUUGCAAUCGGGUCUACCAUACUAAUUAAUGUGCUGAUUGCAGCGCAAGUGUCAGGAGCAUCAAUGAACCCAGCAAGGAGUCUAGGACCUGCAUUUGUGCACCAUGAAUACAGAGGAAUAUGGAUAUACUUGUUGUCACCCACCAUUGGAGCUGUGGCGGCUGCAUGGGUCUACAACAUACUUAGGGAGAAGAAGGACAAGCCCAUCAUUCAGAUCACCAAGAAUGCCUCUUUCAACUGAAUCAUCAUCAUGCUUGCAUGCAUGGGAUCGCAAAAUAUUUUCAUAAUAAUAAUUGCCCAUCAAAUUAAUAAUUGCUUGCGCUUCUCUUAUCUCAAUUGGAGAGGCUUCAUCAUCAUUUUUAUCCAUCAAAGGAUUGAUAAAGAAAUGGAAUGGAGAAGUG